UGACACACACACCCCAUGCCAUUUUCCUGGCAUCUCUGUGCUCUGGGGAGAGCAGGAGAGCUGUGGGGACAGCCGAGGUGCCCUGACCCUGUCCUGUCUCCCUGGCACAGCUACACCCCCAGGGACAACAGCCUGCAGUCGGAGACGGUGCACUACAAGCGGGGGGUGUGCCAGCAGUUCUGUGUGCCCUCCCACACCAUCGACCCCUCCGAGUGGAGCGAGGAGGAGCUGGGCUUCGACCUGGACCGUGAGGUUUAUCCCAUGGUGGUGCAGGCAGUGGUGGAUGAAGGAGAGGAGCACAGUGGGCACUGCCACGUGCUGCUGGCCACCUUUGAGAAGCACAGUGAUGGCACCUUCUGCGUGAAGCCCCUCAAGCAGAAGCAAGUGGUGGAUGGUGUGAGCUACCUCCUGCAGGAGAUCUACGGCAUCGAGAACAAGUACAACACACAGGACUCCAAGGUGGCCGAGGACGAGGUGAGCGAUAACAGCGCCGAGUGCGUGGUGUGCCUGUCGGACGUGCGGGACACGCUGAUCCUGCCCUGCCGCCACCUCUGCCUGUGCAAGUCCAUCUCACAGAAUUCCUCCAUCCUGCCCGAAGAGGAGGAUGAGAAGUCGUGCACUGAGUCAGAGCUGAGGGUGGCCAGGAGGAGAUCCCCAGCCCGGCAUGAGGAGGAAUGUGGUGCAACCCCAGAGAGUGAAAACCUCACCCUGUCAUCAUCAGGAGCCAUCGACCAGUCCUCGUGCACUGGGACACCCCUGUCCUCCACCAUCUCGUCCCCAGAAGAGCCCGUGAGCAGCAGCCUGGCUCAGUCCGUCAUGUCCAUGGCCUCCUCCCAGAGCCAGCACUCCCAGCUCAGCACCGACACCGUGUCCUCCAUGUCUGGCUCCUAUAUCGCCCCUGGCACGGAGGAGGAAGAGGAGGAGGAGGAGGAAGAGGAGGGGGACAUGCUCCCCUCGCCCGCGGCCGCGAGCGCCACAGCCUCUGAUGGAGAGUCAACACCUGUGGAGUCCCCAGAUGAUCUGAACUUUGUCAGCAUCUCUGCCGAGGAGCGCGAUGCCGAGGGCAACGAUGUGCUGGAGGACGAGGACGCCUCUCCCACACAGGAAGACGGCCCGAGGACAGGCGCUUUCCUCGGUCUGAGCUGUGACAAUAACAAUGACAUGGGCAUCGCACACGUGAGAGCGCUGGACAAUAAACUGUGCUCUGAGGCCUGCUUACCUGGCUCCUCCGUCUGUGUGAAAGUUCAUGUUCGCUCUGUGCCAACACGGUUUCCUCCACCCACGCUUGUGCCCCUUCCCUGCCCAGAGUUGCCCAAAGUCACCGCCACCCCUCGGCUGUACCAGGACUGAUUUGCAAAAGAAAAGACGGUAACCUCGACUUCUCUGCGGGGGCUGAAAGCCAUGUUACCUUGGAGCCCCCCACUGGCACCUUCCCUUUCUCCAGCCCCAACAGGGAUGGGCUGGGGUCCCUUCCUGCCCCCUUCUCCAUCAUCUUACACCCCCAGGCUCCUCUCCUCCAAAGUGUGGAGCAGAUGGGACAGGGUCACCUCACCAAGGGGUUCUGGGAUGUGGGUGGGUGGGGACAAUGGGAGGACGCUGUUCAGGGCCGUGGGUUCUAGGAUGAGUGUUGGGAUUGGCAUCCUUGGUGCAUGAGCUGCUGACUUCCAUGGGGGGCUGUCUCCCCCCAGGUUUGCUGGCCCAUGCCCCUGCCCUGCCAUGAGCUGUCCCCAUGCCAUGGGAUGUCCCCAUUCAUGCACUGGCAGUAACUCUGCCCCCACAGCUGCCCCUCGCUCUGCUCUCCUCCUGAGCAGCACCUGGGCUCCUGGGCCUGGCCCCAGGGGUGGGCAGGAGGCCUGGUACUGCCCCCAGCCCAUCACCAGCCCCUGGGCAUUGACAAUUUAUCCUCUGUCUUCCAGCCUGCUGUGAGCUCAGGGCUCUGGGCUGCGCCCUCUCUCUGGAACAAGUGCCAAAAGUGUCACCCCAUGCCCCCCGUCCUGCCCUCCCCAUAACACGUUGUAGCAGGGGGUGGAUGAGGCUGUGGGGGCUGCCCCCAUCUCCAUCCCCAUCCCUCUGGCCAGCACUGGGCUGGCAGCAUAAGUGGAUUUACUCCAAGGGCAGACACACAGGGAUAGUAAAGCAGGAGGGACAAAGCCACAGACCUUGGGGGGCUGCUGGGGCCACUGGUAGAGGCCAGGCUCCGCUCCAGAGAGCAUCAGGGACAGGCAGGAAUCACUUGGAGCAGCAUCAGACCCUGCACCCCAAUCUAGCAGGCUCUGGAGCUCUUUGGGGCAGCCCAGGGUGGGAGCUGAGCCUCCCUUUCCCCCCCUGGUUUUGUCACAUGGCCAUGGCAGCAAAGGCCACCUCCUCCUGCUCUUUGCAGGACAGGCUGCAUUUCAGAGCCACCUUAGCACAGAGAUGUUCCUGCACUGACAGCAGGGUCCCUGGAGGGGUGGAAGCAGGUUCCCAGUGCCAUCCCCACAGCAGAGAAAUUGUGCUGAUGAUGACUGUGGCUCCUUGAGAGGGAUGAAGCCCUUUUGGGGGCUGGGGGUGUUUUCUCUGCCUUGCUCUGUGUGGGUCCUGCCAGAGGUGGGUUUGGAGCCAACCAUCCUGCUUCUUUCUCCUCUGGGCUGGCUGUGUCUCCUCUGAGCUCAACAGCUCCCAGAUUCCCCCUGGGAACGCAGGGCUGGGUGUUUGGUCUCCAAAACGCCAUCCUGUGGCAUGCCAGGUGGGAGCUGCAAACACAGGGAGGGCUCAAGUGGUGGGGACAAGCCCUGUGCCCCUUUUGGGGACAUGCUUGGUGUCCCAGCCCUAUGGAGCAGCACACAGGAGCAGCUUUGGAGGUUCACCAUCAUGCUGAGCUGAGAAAUCCUCGGCAGCCAUCUCCUCCUUAAGCCUCCAGCAUGGGCAGGGGAGAGAACAUCGGGCUGCUGCUUCUCAUCUAGCAAAGCCCAACCUUCCUGGUGGCUCCAGAGGGGACAAGGACAGCUGGCCUGGCACCCUGGCACAGGCAGCAGAGCAAGGAGGGCUUGGGAGAUGCCGGGAGGGUUUUCUGGCUCCUCUGAGCGGUGUCCCCAGGGCUGCAGCAGCCAGACAGACAAACAGACAGACAGACAGCACGGGGUAGCUGCAGGAGCGACGCAGAGGAGCUGGGAGGAUGCCGCGGCCGGGCUGUGAGCAGGGAAUCAUCCUCUGGGUGGCACAGGAGAGACGGGAUUUGGGCACGGGCGGCAGCAGCGCCGUCCUCGGCCGCCCAGGAGGGGUUUGGGCAGGCAGGAGCUGCCAGGGGUGGAGGGUGACAGCCCCUCGUUCCAGCGACACACCUGUCAGGGAUUUAAGGAAGGAAACCAGACUGCUGCUUAUGAUUUUGCUUUGAGCAUGUUUUGGAUUUUAAGAGUAUGUUUAAUAAAGGGUAUCUUAUGUCGA